GGCAUAUGUGACAUUCUGUUAAGAUAUGUUCGUCGGAAGCAGAACGCAGUUGAUCCGCGAGAGAGAGAGAGAGCGAGAGAUGGAAAAUGUUUUGUCUCAAUCGCCGUCGCCGUCGCCGGCAGGUGAAAUCGAUGCAAGAGUAUCGUCUCUGUUUGUUUAUCCGAUCAAAUCAUGUAGAUGCAUUUCUUUGUCUCAAGCACCUCUCACUCCCACCGGAUUUCGAUGGGAUCGAAACUGGUUGAUUGUGAACUCUGAAGGACGAGGAUUGACUCAAAGAGUUGAACCAAAGCUUGCUUUGAUUGAAGUAGAGAUGCCUAAACAUGCGUUUGCAGAAAACUGGGAGCCCGAGAAGUGCUCUAACAUGGUGGUUAGAGCUCCUGGUAUGGAUGCCCUUAAGAUCUCAUUAGCUAAACCAGACAAAAUAGCACACGGUGUCUCGGUUUGGGAGUGGUCUGGCUCGGCGCUAGAUGAAGGAGAAGAAGCAUCUCAGUGGUUUUCAAACUUUGUUGGGAAGCCUUGUCGUCUUGUUCGUUUUGAUUCAGCCUCUGAGACUAGACCUGUGGAUCUGAACUAUGCUCAAGGUCACUAUGCGAUGUUCUCAGAUAUGUACCCAUUCUUGCUUAUAUCACAAGGCUCUCUUGAUUCCCUGAAUAAGCUUCUCAAGGAGCCUGUACCGAUCAACCGGUUUAGACCCAACAUCUUUGUUGAUGGUUGUGAGCCAUUCGCUGAAGACUUAUGGACAGAGAUCCUUAUAAACAGUUUCACCUUUCACGGUGUGAAGUUAUGCUCCCGUUGCAAGGUACCAACGAUAAAUCAAGAAACUGGGAUUGGAGGUCAAGAACCUAUUGAGACUCUGAGGAAUUUCAGGUCAGACAAAGUUUUACAACCAAAAAAGAAACCACAGGGAAAGAUAUACUUUGGGCAGAACAUGGUUUGGAAAGAUUGGUUCGGCAAUGGAAUGGGAAAAACAAUCGGAAUUGGUGAUUCCGUUGUUGUCCUUGGAAAACUCUCCUCUCCUGCUGAAGCAUCAACUUGAAAAAAGAAACCCGGAUCUGAUAAGGGUAUGCUGUUACAAAAGAGAGAGAGAAAGCUUAACUUUUCAGCCAAAAUCUUGUUCUGCACUUGUGUCAUGAAAACCAAUGUAUCUCUGCUUCUUCUCCCUGACGUGCACUGCAAGAAACCCAUUUGCUGCUGAAGUUUCUUUCCUCGUUCCUGCGACAAAUUAAACCACUAAGAACCUUGUUCUGCACUUGUAUCUUUGCUUCUUCUUCCUGACGUGGGCUGCAAGAAUCCCAUUUGGUGCUGAAGUUUCAUUCCUAGGUCGUGCGAGGAAUUAAGCCACCAAGAUACCUCUUACCACAGCCGUUUUGUGUUUUCCGAGAAUAAGUCUUGACUUUUUAAUCUGUGUUUCCUUUUAACUUUAGCAGUCAUAAUUAAACAACAUUAUGGAGUUUUAUGAAAACGCAAUCAGGACAUGAACGAAACCUCUAGAUGAGAAGUCACAUUCGCAGCCAAAUUAACUAGCUAAAAGUUAUGAAUGUAUUUAUUACAUUAAUAAAGAACUUAAAACUCAUAGAAAGGGCACAAAAACCACAAAUCCCC